AUCGAAACCAUGGCUGUCUAUCGCUGCUUUUGCAGCAUGGUUGCUCUAAUGAUGAUUACCGGUUCGAACGCCGAUCAUGACGAUCACGAUAGAACCAUUUUCGACGAGGAUAAUAACGAUUACGAUGACAUCCUUGACGCCGUUCAUAAAGGCAAAUAUUACAGAAACAAUGAUGAUAAUUACAAUGACGACUAUGGCAUUUUCAGAGCCAGAGAUGACGAUGAUGAUGGCCUGAUCAAAUUAUACGUAGGCCGAGACGUGUAUUAUAUGCCUGAAAGCGCCCUUUUCAUCGACAAUUUAGAUUCAGAUGACAAAAAUGGCAUCACUAAUAGCGAUGUUGGCGUUUACAAUAUGUAUCGUAGUCGAGGUCGUGGUCGGAAACCUAGAAAAAAAGAAUUAAGAAAAAUUGAUAAAGAAAAAUUACGUGCCAUCAUUACUCUGCUGCACCACUACAACCCCUUAAUGAAGCUGUUCUCAAUGAAGAAUAACGGCAAGAAACGGGUUGCCUGGAGGAAGUGGCUUAAUUGGUAUGACUCGACGAAUAGUGGUAUUAAUGGUAUGGGAUAAUAAAUGAAAACUCGGAAUUUUGACGUGUUGUA